GGGGGCAGAGGGGAUUUGAAAGAAUCCUGCGCAUAAGUAAGAACCUCUUCUCUCGAGCCAGCAUGAAGAUUAUCCUAGGAGUUUGGGCUGGGCGACCUGGAGCUGAGUUCUUCCCUCCCUCUGGCUUCAAAGUUGAGAAAGAUUGAUACCCUGAAGACUGAUGCCUUCCCUGGACUUAGAGGAAUUGAGCGGGGUACAGGAGCCCACUGGUUCAUCUGUGAAGUGGAGAAAUUAGACGGGCGGGCCAGUGACUCCGGCAGUGUCUUGUCACAGAGAAGGGCCCACAAAUCCCAGGCUCCAUUCCAGGCUCUGCGUGGGGUUUGGCUGCCCCUUUCCAGCCCCAGCCAUGGCUGCGAUCCGAAAGAAGCUGGUGAUUGUGGGGGAUGGCGCCUGUGGGAAGACCUGCCUUCUCAUCGUCUUCAGCAAGGAUCAGUUUCCAGAAGUCUAUGUGCCGACAGUCUUUGAGAAUUAUAUCGCAGACAUAGAGGUGGACGGGAAGCAGGUGGAGCUGGCUCUGUGGGACACUGCGGGGCAGGAAGACUAUGAUCGCCUGCGGCCUCUCUCCUACCCGGACACUGACGUCAUCCUCAUGUGCUUCUCCAUCGACAGCCCGGACAGCCUGGAAAACAUUCCUGAGAAGUGGACCCCGGAGGUGAAGCACUUCUGCCCGAACGUUCCCAUCAUCCUUGUGGGGAAUAAGAAGGACCUGAGGCAAGAUGAGCACACCAGGAGAGAGCUGGCAAAGAUGAAGCAGGAGCCGGUUCGAUCUGAGGAAGGCCGGGACAUGGCAAACCGGAUCAGUGCCUUUGGCUACCUCGAGUGCUCAGCCAAGACUAAGGAGGGGGUCCGGGAGGUAUUUGAGAUGGCCACUCGGGCUGGCCUUCAGGUCCGCAAGAAUAAGCGCCGGAGGGGCUGCCCCAUUCUCUGAGAUCCCCCCACCUGCCCCCCUUUCCUUCACAAGGGCAUAUAAAUAACCUGGAACUUUGCCCUUAGGACUCCAUGCUGAAGGCAUUCUUUUCAGUUCCCUCAUGCCCAAGACUGCAUUGAAUCUCCCAGCCCCAAGGUGGUGGUGGUGGGCCCUCCCUCCCUUCCUCUGAGAGACAGGCCUGUGCCCUGUCCUUCCAGAGCAGAGGCCUUGCUCCUGCUGCCUUGGUCUAGGGGUGGGGCUUUUGCUCUUUUUGGCCUUCCCGGGAAGAGUCACACACCAGCACUUUAUAUACUUCUGGCUCCCAGGAGCACGCCUAGGGUAGGGGACUGGGGUUUCUGCUCUGGGCAGGGGCCUUUUGUCUGUGACUUCACUUGGUGCGGGGCAUGAAUAAAUUUGCAGGUUCCAA